CUCAAUAGGUAGUAGAGGUGAAUGGUGAAGCAAUAAAUUAAGGUAGACAAAAGAUCCAUUUCUUGGGUUGUAACAUUCUUCUACAAUAUCCAGAAAUUACGAACUCGCGAACAUCAAUUCGGUUGGAGAAAGUUCUGAAUUUGCAAUGUGUUGCAAAUUGUAAGUUAAAUGAGAGAGACUGCAUGAUUCCAGAUAUAUAUAGAGCUGUCUCGUUCUCUACUUCUUGUGUCGUCUCACAAAGGGCUUCGAUCCCGCUCAUGACGCUUUGCAACGUGUCUCAGGGAGGGUAGCGAGGGAUGUAGGGCGAUAAGAUUCUGACUCAUGAUUCAGGUGACUCGAGAAUCUCAGAAACGUCAGAGUCACCAAUUAUCAGCCAGUUCAUGUUCUGGUCCCAAGUUUCGCGAAGUGACAUAUACUAUUCACACCCCGAAUGUUCACACAGAGCGUAAAUCUAGGCCUGGUGUAUUCCAUGAUAUCAGAAUUCAAUCGAAAUUUAUAGUCCAUGAGCAAUCCACUCAAACUCGCCUGCUGGUUUCCUCUGGAAACUUCUGCUGGAAUCUGGUACUGCGAUCGUUCUUUGACCUUCUGCUUUCUGAUCCGGGCCAACAUGUUCCUCCAAAUGGUCCAAGCGUAAGUACUCCGCAUUGACCGGUAGUUGUUCAACCUCAUCCGGAUAAAACUACACUAUCGUUGUCGUCCACCUGUAAGGUUUAAGAUGGUCGUGGCAUGAGCAACUUUCCAAUCACUGUAUGGUUUUCGAUCAUGGAAAUUUGAGAUUCCGAUUCACCAGGAUACCCUAAUUCGAAGGCAAAAGCGGGAUACUCGUGGCAGCAGUUGUACCAUCUACGCAUUCGACUGCAUACUUUGAAUUUGUCACCUCAAAGGGAUAUCUUCGUCUCUCUUCUACGGUUGCAGCUGGAUUCGGUACUGCCUUCUCCUCGAUCCUCUCAAGCGAAUUCAGGGCUUAACGAUCACAUAGCUCGCUUGUCAAAUUGUGUCAAGAUGCGAUUGGAACAAUGGUUUCCUUACGGGUCUCAUGGUGUCAGUUGGCCCUCGGUCGGCAGUGCUUUGCUCGUCAUGCUUAUGGGCAGCGUAAUUUACUUCAUAUGGAAUUGGGCUUCGGAUUCGGGUGAUUUCGGCAGGCGUCGUCGAGGGCCGAAAAGCUAUCCCAUCUUGGGUGCUCAGAUCGAAAUUUCCAAGAAUCUGAACAAUCUUUACGCAUGGGCGACCUCGUACUUGGAAAAGGAUCCCACGCACACCAUUCGCGUGAGGAGGCCCCUGAGUAGCUCGUACGUAGUGAUCACUGCCAACCCUGAGAACGUCGAGCAUAUGCUGAAGACCAAUUUUGACAACUAUCCCAAAGGGGCCACGGUUUUGGAGGGUCUGAGGCCGCUUCUGGGCCACGGAAUUUUCAACGCAGACGGGGAUAUGUGGAAGUCGCAGCGCAAAGUAGCGAGCCACGAGUUCAGCACCAGAACACUGAGAGACUUCGUGGUGGAAUUCGUGCACAACGAGACUCACGAGCGGCUUCUCCCCGUCCUCGCCGAAGCUCACGCCGACGGCAGGGUCAUAGACAUUCAAGACGUUUUCCUGCGCUUCGCUUUCGACAACAUUUGCCUGCUGGGAUUCGGCUACGACCUGGGCUGCUUGGACCCAUCUUUCCCGGAAGUAGAAUUCGCAAACGCUUUCGAUGAAGCGAUGGUGCUGACAUUCAAGCGAGUUCUGCUCCCCCAAUCUCUGUACACCAUCGUCUCAAUCCUGGCCCGCUUCGGACUCGUGGGCGACUUCGGAAUCGGAGCCGAGAGCAAACUGGUACAGCACGUCCAAAUCAUCGACAAAUUCGCUCUCGCACUCAUUCAAAAACGGCGCGAGGAGCUGCAAUCGCGCACCGAGGACGACGAUAAGUCCGAACUCGACAUCGCGGACCGGAAGGGGACGAGCAAAUUCUCUCAGGGACAGAGCGAUCUGCUCUCGAGGUUCAUCCAGUUCGACGACGAGGUGAACGCCCACGACGACGAGGCCGAGCAGAAGCGAAAGGACCGGGCGCCGUCGGACAAGUAUCUCCGGGACAUUCUGAUCAACUUCGUGAUCGCCGGAAGGGACACCUCGUCGCUGGCCCUGACGUGGUUCUUCUGGCUGCUCCCGCAGUAUCCCGGCGUCGAGCAGGCCAUCGAGGCCGAGGUGACGAGCAUCCUCCGGGCCAAGGGCAAGACGGCGGCGGACGGCUUCGAUUUCGACGAUCUGAAGGAGAUGCACUACGUGCAGGCCGCGAUCACCGAGUCGAUGCGCCUGUACCCUCCGGUCCCGACGGACAGCAAGACCGCACUCGCCGACGACCGCUUUCCGGACGGCACGGUCAUCGGCAAGGGCGACCGGGUGGUGUUCCACUGCUACGCCAUGGGCAGAAUGCAGGACCUCUGGGGGCCGGACUGCCUGGAAUUCAAGCCCGAACGGUUUCUGCAUGACGGCAAAUUCGUCCCAGCAAGCUCAUUCAAAUAUCCGAUCUUUCAAGCCGGCCCGCGCAUCUGCAUGGGCAAGGAGAUGGCCUACACGCAAAUGAAGUACAUCAUUGCGUCCGUCAUCAGCAGCCCGUAUAGGUUCAAGCUCUCGCCGGGAGCCGAGAAACUGCCCGCCUCCGGGCUGUCUCUGACUUUCAAGAUGCGGCACGGCCUCAAGGGCACUGUACACAAGGUGUAGAUAAACGUCCGUCCGUGGCUCUCAGCCUCACUUGCGGCAUCCGGUAGCGCCGUAUCCCUUGGGAUCAAGCCAUGUUCUAGGCAUGGUCACUAGCCGGCUGGCCGUCAGCUAAUCGGCUAUCGGCCGAAAAUGCAAUUGAUCGAAAUAUAUGGCCGAAAUAGAUGUUUAAUAGCAGCCCUACCAUGUAAAUUGUGAGCAUCCCUACCAUGUACAGAUAGGAACGCCUGACCUCUGGAGGGAGUUGCACCUCAUUCUCAUACAGAGGACGGCUCUGUUCCCGGCGUCCAUCGCCGGAUUCUGAGCUGCCUUCUCGGUUGUUGUCCGUCUCGUGAGCGGAGUUCCUUACAUUUGUACAUAAAAUUUUUAUUUUUCUGCUCUACGGCCAGACCUCUAUUGGAAUCGCACGAAAUAUUCCGUUAUUUAUUAUGAUUGUAUAUAUAAGAUACACAAAAGAGAUGAUAAGAUAG